AACUUGUCUGUUUGACUGACAGUCAGUGUCAUUAGAAUUGUCAAAACAAUUCGCAGAAGAAGUGAAUAUGUGUCUCAUAACAUAAUGUCUCUAAUUAAUUUAAUCAACAGUAUACCUAACAAUAAGUGAAUAAAAUCAUUAAAGAUAAUGGGAUCGCGUAUACGGGAAAAUGUUAAGCACUUCUUCGAAUGUUUUUGUGAAGUGGUGCCACCGACCGCCGACAAGGAAGCCUGGAUCAUUCAACAAUAUCCCGACACGUAUAACGACGAGGAAGUUCUCAAAUCGGUACCUAAAUUUGCAUAUCCUUACAAAUUCGAAAAUACGAUCAUUCAGCAUUACUCGUUCGUGCUUACCGAUAUCGAAUCGAAGUGGACGUUCGGAUUUUGUAGGCACGAUCCCAAAUCGGAAACCGCAUUGGUCGUCUUAACUUACCUUCCAUGGCAUCAGGCAUUUUACAAAUUUUUAGAUAACAUAGCCGUAUUAACGCAGAGCCCGAGAUCGGAAGAUCUUGGCGAGUUCUUGCGAGAUGUCCACAAUAGAAAAUUACCGGACCCCGGAAAGAUGUUCGAAGUUACGUUUAAUAAAGGGGAAAGUAUGUUUGCAGUUGAGCGCCCGAAACAAUUUCAAUUGCCCAGUAUACCCGAAAAUAGGAAUCUUACCGAAUAUUAUAAUGCAGUGGAUGCGAAUAACAUGAUGUUGAUAUUCGCAUCGAUGCUGUACGAGAGGAGGAUAAUCUUCACGUCGAAAAAACUGACCAGGCUUAGCGCGAGCGUGCAAUCCGCCAAUGAUAUUAUCUACCCGAUGUUAUGGCAGCACAUAUUCAUCCCAGUCCUGCCGAUGGCCUUAAUUGACUACUUGUUAGCGCCAAUGCCUUUCCUUAUCGGCGUUCCUGACGAGGUGUUAAAGAAGGUCCACAGGCACGAAAUUGGUGAUGUAGUGAUAUUAGAUGCCGAUGCGAAUACUGUAGAAACUCCAUUUGAUGACCUCAACAGCUUACCACAGGAAGUAAUCAAUUCGCUGAAGAAGCAGCUGAAGAACAGAUCCGCCUUGCUCGGAGACGGCGUUUCGAGAGCUUUUUUACGUGCCUUGGUCCAGUUAAUCGGCGGUUAUAGGGAGGCGCUGCACUUUCAGCCCGGCGAAAAGGUCACUUUCGACAGGGACAAAUUCAUCGACUCGCGGCCGGUCACCUUGCAGCCUUUCCUCAAGCAAAUGUUGCAUCUGCAGAUCUUCCAACAGUUUAUAGAAGAGCGUCUAGAGAUGCUCAAUACGGGCCUGGGCUUUUCGGAUGAGUUCGAAAUCGAGGCUUGUCGAUACUCGGAGAAAACCAGUUCGAAGCUGAAGCAGCAGUAUAGGGAAUGGACGUCGACCAUGAGAAAGGAGGGUACGGCGUUCUUUAAGAGCGUUAAGGAGAAGGCGAAUCCGGCCAUGAAAUCUGCCGUAAAGACGGUGAAAGAUGGAGGCAAAGGUGUAAAAAGUGCGUACAAAGGCCUAAGGUCGAAAUUAAGAGAGAACCAAAGUCCACAGCAGCUACAAAACGGUUUAGACAGCCCGAAUGACAAACCCCGGUCUGCACCUAAUUCGCCAACAGGUAAAAGGCGGUCGCUUGGUUUUUCCGUGCCUACAACCACCUACAGGAAGGAUUCAUUAAAUUUUAAGUCAUCCACUAGUGAACGAGCUUACAGCCCUCUUACACCGAUCUCACAACCUUUGUCCCCCGACACCAGUGAUCGAUCGAGAAGUGGUACACCCGGAUUAGACAUUCCUCGAAUAGACUUAAUGACAGAAAUGCAAGAUUUACUUCAGUUGCGGCUCGACACUCCUCCCGUGGAUCGAUCGUUAAAACCGGUUAGAAGCUUAGAGAAUUUUAAGCACACGUCUCCUCUGUCGAGCCCAGACCACUGGGCUUUCCCCUCGCGAAGUGGCGCUCCUAUCACUGUUCCUACCACGAAACUAUUUCUUCCAAAUCAAAAAUCUCAAGACACACAGAAUCUCCUACAAUCACCCGACGACAUUUUCUCCUCGCCUCCCGUACCUCCACGCGCUUCGUCGGUUGAGAACGAAUUCUUCGGCACCGCCUCCUUUGUGGUCGGUGGAGGUCGAAGUGAGAAUGGGGACCCUGUUUUCCUUGUUGCUAAUCGUCAUACUGUCGAUGUUGUUAAAUUGUCACCUCCUACAAUUUCGCCUCGGCGAAAGAAGGAUAACGUUGUAGAAGAUUUAAUACGACUGGAUUCGACAUCGGACACCGAUGACUUUGACCCCCUGAAAAGCAGCAAUGGUAAAAGUUCGUAUUUAAAAAACAGCUUAGAUUUUUCGGCGGACAAUCACAUUCCACUUUGUCUGUCGAAUCCCCUCUAUAACUAUCACGAACCUCGAAGUAUUCAGCAGAAUGGCAGCACAACUUUAAGUAAAGAGAACAGAAACGACCAAGACUUACUACAGGAGUACGGGCUAGAUUUUAAUCAUUUCAAUGCAAACUUUAACUUCGACACAUUUCAACCGGCUAAUAAUACGGCUAAGGUGAGUUCGCAAAGUCAGUGGACCACAUUCGAAUGAAAAAAAAAAAAUUAUCUCGUCUGGCGAUCACGUAUCAAUUGACACAUCAAAUUAAAUGUUACAAAUUACUAUUUGUAUAGCGUGUUACU